AUGUUACCGAAGGCACAAUAUAUGGCACUCUCAGCCGCUCAAAAGCGUGCUGUUAAAGCUAAGCUUGGUAUGGUCCCUCGUCGUGCUCCAGCGAAGAGGGCAAGAGUUGCCCCUAGAAGAGCUCAAGCGACUCUAGGAUCAAGAGCAGGUCGUUAUUUGGGAUCAUUGGUCCCAUACGCACCUGGAAUUGGUGCUGAAGUUGGAUCUUGUCUAGGAGAUGCGGCCCAUAAAGGCAUAGCAUCGGUAUUUGGACAAGGAGAUUAUGCUCUAGCCAACUUCAGGGUGAAAGAGAA